AUGAACAGCAAUUCUCAUAAUAAUUUAGACACGUAUAAUGAACCAGAUGUUCAAGCAACACAAGCUGGUGUUGAAUGUGCCACACCUCUUUAUGAUGAAUCUAAUGUAGAAGAUACACAAUUAUCAGCAACGAACUCGUGUUCAUCAACAAAUUCAUCAAAUAAUGAUUCACAAUGGACUGAAAUUGUUCGAUCGACACUUAGUGAUAAUGAAUACAUUCUAGCACAAAAAAGUGAUCUUGAACGAAUAGCAGUUUAUGAAAUAGAUGGAAUCAAUGAACGUCAUAAAUAUCAAAUGUGUUUAGCUCAAAUUGAAAGCGAAGAAUUCGAUAUCAAUGUUCGUUAUAAGGAGGAACAGCAAAAAAAUGCCAAACUUCUAGAAGAAAGACGUAGAUUAAAAGAAGAAAAAGAUCGAAUUUAUUUACCAUGGUCAUGUGAAAUCUGUACAUAUUACAAUGAAUCGUUCAGUAAAACACAUAAAGAUGUAUGUGAAAUGUGUGAAGGACCAAGCCCAUUAAAACGACCAUCAACAGAUAAUACAACUAAUUUAACUAGUAAUGAUGUGCUAAUACAGAAUUCAUCAGAUAUGGCUCAAAAAGAUGCUUAUAAAGCUUCAAACACUUCACAUAGUAAUAUAGAUGAUAUUUAUUCAAAUAAUGAAAUUCCAAUGAACUUAUUACCAGCUGACAAACAUCCUUAUUGGAAUAAUGUUCCAACAGGACGUACAAGUAUUGAAGAUCCUCCACAACUUGAAUAUGAUGAACAUCAUAUUGAUUUAAUUGCUGAUCAAGAAGGUGCCGAUAUACGGCAACAACUUGGUUUUGACGAUGAACAACAAGAUUUGAAUUUCAUUGGUGAUGAAAAUAUUAGCGGCGAUUCAUAUGAUAAUGGCAUAGCAUUGAAUUCAAAUAAAAAUCGAGGAUUAAUCAAAGGAAAUAUAACAUCAGAUGGAAUUAUCGAUGAUGACUUUGAAUCAGAAUUAGGUGGAAAUGAACAAACAGAAUUACAUGAUACAGAAGAUGUUGAUUAUCAAUUAAUGACAAAAAUAGCUGAAUAUGGAAUUAUUGAAUGUUGUGGUGAUGAUAAAUUUGGUCGAAAAACAAUUGUUUUUUCAGCAUGUCGUUUGCCGAAUGAAGAGCUUAUUAGAAACAGUGAAUUUAAAACAGUUAUUAAAUUCCGUGAAUGUUUAUUUAAAUAUUUUUUACAAGCAUUUGAUCAAUAUGUUGAUAUGGAUUAUGUUCUGAUUUAUUUUCAUUAUGGAUUACGUUCAUAUAAUCGACCAUCAUAUGGAUGGUUAAUGAAAUCCUAUCUUAAAAUUGAUCGAAAAUACAAGAAAAAUUUAAAAGCACUUUAUGUAGUACAUCCAACAAAAUGGGUUAAAUUUCUUUGGCCAGUUCUUCGUUCAUUAAUAAGUGCAAAAUUCUCGCGUAAAGUAACUUACAUUAAUCAUCUUGGUCAACUUGAAGAGUAUGUUCAUCUUGAAAAUAUUCGAAUACCUGUUGAAGUUAAAAAUUUUGAUCCUGUUAUUCGUUUGGCAUCACCAACGAAUAAAAUACGACCGACAACAAAAUUUCAUGUUUCACUUCAAUUUGUUCUAGAGAAUGAACCAGGUGAAACUGUACCAAUUGUUGUUCGACAAACAAUUGAGUAUAUUAAAAAUUGUGGACUUAAUGAACCAGGAAUUUUUCGACGAGCUGCAGCUGUUUCAUUGAUUAAACAAAUACAACAGAAAUAUAAUGAAGGUCAACCAGUUAUAUUCGAACAGUAUGGUGAUGUUCAUUUAGCAGCAUGUGUUUUAAAAACAUUUUUACGAGAUUUAUCUGAACCAUUAAUGACAUAUCGUUUAUAUCCUGAACUUCUUGGUCUCUCAGCACUUGAACGAUUUGAUCAAGUUGAUGUUAUUCGAGAUCUUAUUAUUGAAAAAUUACCAACACAGAAUUAUAAUGUUUUAAAAUAUUUGAUUGAAUUUUUAAAUUUGGUGGCUAAUUAUUCAAAUACAAAUCUGAUGACGACGACGAAUUUAUCGAUUGUUUUUGGACCUAAUUUAUCAUGGUCCGAAGAUGUUCAAAUGAAUACGUUGGCUAACUAUGCACUUAUUAAUACACUAUUACCACGCAUAAUCAAUGGUGGUAUAGCCGGUAUUGUUGGUGUUAUAUGUGUAUUUCCAUUAGAUUUAGUUAAAACUCGAAUGCAAAAUCAAUCAAAAAUGGUUGGUCAACCACCACUUUAUAAAAAUAUUUUUGAUUGUGCUGUAAAAACAUUUCGAAGUGGUGGUUUUCGUGGAAUGUAUAGUGGUUCUGCAGUCAACAUUUUAUUAAUAACACCAGAAAAAGCAAUUAAACUUGUUGCGAAUGAUGGCUUUCGCUAUGCAUUAAAAACCAAGGAUGGAUCACUUCCUAUGCAUCGACAAAUUCUAGCUGGUGCUGGUGCUGGUACAUGUCAAAUUGUUGUAACAACACCAAUGGAGUUACUUAAAAUUCAACGACAAAUGGCAAAAUCAAAAGAUUCAACUCUUUCACCUAAUGCUCGACAAUUAGCAAUACAAUUAUAUCGUGAAAAAGGUAUACUUGGUUUAUAUAAAGGUGUUGGUGCAACAUUUACUCGUGAUGUUAUUUUUUCAAUGAUGUAUUUUCCUUUAUUUGCUUACUUUAAUGACAAAGGAAAAACACCAGGUAAUAAUCAAGUACCAUUUUAUCAUUCAUUUGGAUCAGGUAUUGUUGCUGGUGCUAUUAGCGCUUUUCUAGCAACACCAUUCGAUGUUGUCAAAACUCGUUUACAAACAUUAGAAUACAAACAUCGUUAUUCAGGUAUCAUCGAUUGUGCUACGUAA